CCUACCCCUACCCCUAACCCUAAACCUAAACCUAAACCUAUUCCCCCCCCCGCCCCCAACCCACACCACACUUCAUUACUUCUUCAGUUCAACCCUACAUAUCUCUCUCUCUCUCUCUCUCUCUAUAUAUAGUUUUCCUGUUUGGGGAGGACAAGAGCCAGAUUUGGCGGAUAUAUAUAUAUAUAUACGUAUGCAUAUGCAGGACUAGUGGGACUAAAUGUAGUAAGUAUUCUGCGUUCCCAUAUAUAUUUAUAUAUAUAAUCCCUUGUGGAAAGAGCAAAACCAGUCUUGUGUCCUUCCCCACCGGCAGUCUCUACAAUGGAAAAUGGGUGGAGCUUAUUCAGCAGCAGCAGCAGCAGCAGCAGCAGCAGCAACCGGGGGCACCACGGUCAUUUCACUGCAUGGGAUAUCUGGGACUUGGCUGCUGGUACUUCUCAUCGCUUCGAUUGGCCCAGUACUUCUAGCACCACUGCUGCUGCCGCUGCCGCUGCUUCCCCGCCUCCCAAUCCCAAUAUUACUAGCACCUUAUCGUUGCCUUCUCUCUCGGCCACGCCGGCGCCGGAGGGGCUGCUUUUUACCCACCAGCAUCCGCCGCCGCCGCCGUAUGCGGCCGCUGGGUCCCACUGCCACCCGGACCCGCACCUGGUGUGCUUGAACCUCGGGAAGAGGCACUACUUUGAGGAGGGGGACCGAUACGUUGGGAAGAGAGGGAGGGGCUGUUAUGGGUCGGCGGCGGCGGCGGCAUCGGCGGCGGCGGUGCCCAGGUGCCAGGUGGAGGGGUGCCACGUGGCGCUAGUGGACGCGAAGGAGUACCAUCGGCGGCACAAGGUGUGCGACGCGCACUCCAAGGCGCCCAAGGUGGUGGUGCUUGGGUUGGAGCAGCGUUUCUGCCAGCAGUGUAGCCGGUUUCAUGCAGUGGCAGAGUUUGACGAAGCGAAAAGGAGUUGCCGGAGGAGGCUAGCAGGCCACAACGAGCGGAGAAGAAAGGGAUCUCAUGACUCCUCCAAUAUUACCAACCUUACUAGAACCUCUUCCCAAGGAGGUGCUCUCUCUCUUCUGUCAUGGAAGAAUACUAGUUGGUUUCCAUCGGCUGAUCUCUCCUCCAGAUGCAGUGCUGCUCUCCGCGAGCUUACGGCAGAAAGCCGGGCUGCCAUCCUAGCCCGGCAGCUAGCCCUCGACCCUAGGAACAUCCAAGCACUGGACGAUGAUAUCGUCAAUGGCCCUCACCCUCAACUCGCCCCCAAUUCUCUGAUGAUAAAUUCCCAUCAGCAAAUGAUGCUCCGGGAGCCACACAGCAGCAGCUGGGACCGGUUCACCGAAGGCGGAGGCACUAACUUGACGUUGGACCUGAUGCAGGCGCCAAGCUCUGCCUUCGGGUUUUUGUCGGUGAGGGGAAAGGCCGCCAAGGAGGAGGAAGAGGAAGAAGAGGGGGAAGAAGAAGAAGAAGGAGAAGGGUGCUCCUCCGACCUGUGGAGCUCCUUGGCUGGAGCUCAUCAUGUUUGAAGAAAACCACUUCCACUGGCUUCCACUUGUUCUGAAACCCUCAAGGUCGAUCCAUCAUAUCCAUGCAUGCAUGGAUUAAUUGUUUUAAAUGAUUUAACUGCUGUGAUCUAAAAAUUGCUGGGUUUUUGUAAAAUUUGAAAAAAUUGCCAGCAUUUUGCUGAUUACUGUGUGUCCGCAGCUUGCUGUUAACGUGCGUACUUGAUGAUCCCUAAAAAAGAGUUGUAUAUAUGUAUAUGUAGUCACUCAUGAUCUGUGAGUCGAUUAAUUCCAUGAAUAUACUAUAUAUGUCUCGCUUUGAACCUGGAACCUAGCGAUCCUAUAUCAUUAAUAUAUAAUGCCUGGGAGUUUUUCUUUUUACUGCAAAA